AAAAACUUUGAAAAAAAGUCAUUAAUAUAAAUAACACUUAUUAAUAUAAUAAAAAAAAAAAUUAGAAAUAAAAAAUGAAGUUAUCACGACAAACUCGUAUAAUCAUACUGCUUAUAAUUGAUAUUAGUUUUUUUAUAACAGAAAUUAUUCUUGGUUAUUGGAUCAAUUCUUUAGCAAUAAUAGCUGACUCAUUUCAUAUGUUAAAUGAUAUAUUUAGUUUGGUAGUCGCUUUAUAUGCUUUAAAGCUUGCUUCUAGGUCAACAUUUUCAUCAAAAUAUUCAUAUGGUUGGCAACGAGCGGAAGUUUUAGGUGCUCUUAUAAAUGGUGUAUUUUUAAUGGCUUUAUGUCUUAGUAUUUUCAUUCAAGCUAUUGAAAGAUUUUUUGAUCCACCAGAUAUUAAAAAUCCGGUUGUCAUCCUUGGAGUUGGUUGUGCAGGAUUACUUUCAAAUAUAGUUGGAUUAUUAUUAUUUCAUGAACAUGGUCACGGACAUAGUCAUGGUCACAGUCAUGAUCAUGGUAAGAAAUCUGCUGACGUCGAUGUACCCAUAGAUGAAAUACUUGUACAUCCUGCUGCAUCGCGUCGAUCUAUAGUCAAGGCUGCACAAGAGUCACGAGAUUCACAGGAGUUUAAAGAAAUCAUAAAUGAUAAUUCAAAUCAUUCAAAUUCAUCAAAUAAUGAGAACAUUUCAAUUAAAGAAGAAGAAUCUGAUACAAAUAACAAUCAAAAAAUUUCUGAGACUGAAGAUAAUCAAAAUCAUCGCGAUAAUCAGUCUCAUAAAAAAGAUAAAAAUCUCAAUAUGCGUGGAGUUUUCAUUCAUGUGUUGGGUGAUGCUCUAGGUAAUAUUGGGGUCGUUUGCUCUGGUUUAUUUAUUUACCUCACACAUUUCUCAUGGAGAUUUUAUAUAGAUCCUCUUACUAGUUUAAUACUUACAAUUAUUAUUCUCAUGUCCGCUAUUCCUUUAGUAAAGAGCGCAUCAUUUAUUCUCUUACAAAAGGUUCCCUCAGGGUUACCGAUUGAUGAUGUACGAUCAAGAAUUAAAGAGUUAUAUGGAGUAUUAUCCGUUCAUGAACUGCAUAUUUGGCAACUUUCUGAUACGAAGCGAAUAUGUUCAGUGCACAUUUUGCUAGCACCAUCAGCUAAUUAUAUGGAGAUAGCUGCCGAUAUAAGAAAAAUACUUCAUGUUCACGGAGUUCAUUCAAUAACAAUACAACCAGAAUAUGUAAAGAUUGGAUUAAAUAAAAAUGAUAGUGGUGAAGUAAUUAUGGUGGUUGAAAAUUCAACAAAAGGAGAAGUGGAACUUGUCGCAAAUGAAGUUGAUAAUCACGAAACUGCUUGCUUGCUUCGUUGUAACUUGGAUUCCUCUUGUACUCAGAAUUUAUGCUGUCCGCCUCCGGUAUCACAACCACCAAAAGAUAUGACGACGACUCCCUCUAAUUAAAAAUUAUCAUUUUCAUAAAAUUUUAAAAUUAGCAGAUAAUUGUUAUUUUUUUUUUUUUAUUUAAUUAAAAAAUAAUAAAUGGGUAUUUUUUACGCAUCAUGCUUAUAAUGCGCCCAUGCUUGUUAAAAAUUU